UGGAGGCACGGGGUCUGUUCAGCCUGGAGGAGGCUGAGGGGAGGCCUCAUCCAGUUCAGGGCUUCCUCACACGGGGAGGAGGAGCGGGCGCUGAGCUCCCCUCUCUGACCCCAGGGAAUGGCUGGAAGAUGCCAGGGGAGGGUUAGGUGGGGCAUCAGAAGAAGGUUCUCUAGGGUGAUGGAGCCCUGGAACAGCUCCCAGGGCAGCAGGCACAGCACCAUACCUCACAAUGUUCAGCAAGCAUUUGGCCAAGACCGUCAGCCCGAUGGUGUGAGCCUUGGGGUGUCCUGUGCAGGGACAGGAGCUGGGCUCGAUGGUCCUUGUGGGUCCCUUCCAACUUGGGACAUUCUGUCAGAUCUUAGAAUCAUAGAAUAGUUAAGGUUUGAAUGGACCUUAAAGAUUGUCUAGUUCCAGAUCAUCUUAGAGAGGAAUGCUGUGUGAGGGUGGGAAGGCCCUUGCCCAGGUUGCCCAGAGCAGUGGUGACUGCCCCAUCCCUGGAGAUGUCCCUGCCCAUGGCAGGGAGUAGAACUGGUUGGGCUUUGACGUCCCUUCCAACCCAAACCAUUCCAUGAUCCCAGAGCAGUGUGACACUGCAGACCGGUGAGCAGAGUUGGCGAGAUGGCAGCGCUGUGGGCCUUGGCAGAGCUCUAUUUCUCAAUGCUUUUGAUCUCACUGUCCACUGAAGCUGUGCUAGAAACCCACAGAAAGCAUGUGUGACUUCCCAAAGGGCCUUCUCUUGGCAGUCCCUUGGAGAACAGCCCGUCCGUGGUGGGCUGGCUCUGGCCACACUGGCACCACUGGUGGAGUGAGGGACAGGGCGAGAGCCUGGCGGCAGGCAGCCAUGUCUUCUGUUGGUUGAAAGGCUGUUUGAACUGUUACAGAGCAUUGCCCUGGUGUAAACCCAGAACAGAACCCAAAUCCAACGUGCUUCCUUGGGGAAUGGCUCAAUCUGGGCUCCUGCAGCAUUGGUUGCAUCAUUACUGCAGUUCUGCUUUCAGAAUCAGCUUAUGGAGGGCUGAAAGCACAGACCCAGCAUAGGCUGCUGGGAAGGUCCUAGCAGUAACAAAACCAUAUUCUUGUGUGCAAACUGAGUGUGGAAACAUUUCCAACUGUGUUUGUUGUAAGCCAGUUCCAGUAAAAAGGCUUUAAAUGUUGGCUUUUCUUUCAAGUGCCUAUUAGUUAGGAGCAAGGUCACCAGACUGCUAUGCUUUGUAGGACUGAAACCACACCUAAUUUGGGUUUAUUUGCCUUUCGUUUCUCUUUGAAGCACUUAAGGACUUGCAGCUAAGUUGCAGACCUCCAGGCAAGUGCUGUCUAGGGCUGCCUGUGACUUGUACAUGGGCCUGUGCCCGUGUACUUGUACAGGUUUUGGGUGUACAGAGGUGAUGCCCGAGGUGUUUUCUUUCCUCAGUGUGGUUAUGUCGUUAUUCUGAAAGUGCUGAUUUUUGUAACUUGGACAGAAUGACGAGAGGAAGCAGCAGAGCUGCUGGGGUUUAUUCCUGGAGUGGGUACCCCUCCUUUUUGAAAGCAGCAAGUUGUGAAAGCAAGGGAAGGACAAAAGGUAUUCCUUUAAUUCCCUCAUUCAGAGAGCACAGGAAAUACCUUUCCUUAGUUCAGAUUCUCCAGCUGGGUGAGGGUCAAAAGGUUUGUGUUAGUGUGAGUCCUCACUACAAAGAAAACGGGUUUUGUUUGUGAAUACCAUUAAGCUAUUGAAUUUUACAGCAUGAAUCUUUAUCUUCCAAUCUUCCUUACUAUUUGUUUGGUGUGAGAGUGUCCAUGACUCAGACACUGCCGAUGCCUGCUUAGCCCCUGACAGUUACUCUUCUAUUGCUCAUUUUUUCCUAACCUAAAAAAAGACUUCUAAUUUGUUUGCUAUCUCUGAAGGAUGAAGGCAGAGGCUGGGAGCCAGGCAGGGUCUGUGAGGCUUUGUUUAAUGCCUCAAGUGUGCUCUGUGCAUUAGGGUUGUAAAGGAUGUGAUUUGUGGGUGCUGGUGUCUCUCAGAACGGCUGACUUACAGCAGCCUUGAGAUGGCACAGAGUGCAUUGGUGAUUGCGGCUUGUAUUGGUUCUUGAUAAAACCAAAUAGCCUGCUAUGGGAGAGCACUUGCACAAUGAGGGAGUGGUGGUUGUUAUAUUUUUAAAACCUAAAAUGGUCAGGAAUACAGAUAACAAAGACCAGGGAGUUAAAAUUGUUGUGCCUGCUGUGUGGUUUGCCUUCCCCAUUCUAUUACUGUACCUUUGGAAGCCAGCUGAAUUCUUUUUAUUUAAGGUCAUGUCUUUUGCUAGCAGGUUGGAGUUGACUCCUCGUUUCUUUUCUGGAAGGGCUCAUCAAAGAGCAUGUGGAUCAGAUGAACUUCAGGACAGGCUUCUAGAUCUGCAUGCAAAGUGAUGGAGGCGCAGGAGCUGAUGGACAGCAGUUCUUCUCACGCCUCUGGGCAUUGUCAGGAAUGUCAACCUGCCCUUCCUAAUGCAGCUUCUGGGGCCAAAAGGCUGCUGGACUCUGCAGAGCUGGUUCAGGCCCCGCAGUCACCUAAGAAAACUUGUGUGUCGAGUCAGCCCUUUAGCACUCCAGAUCCAUCAGAGAAACUGCUGCUCUAUUCCUCAGGUUCUGCCAGCUGUCAAGGUUCCUCUCAUUUUCUGGGUGAUAGUGGCUGUGAUGGCCCUGUUGACAGUCCUUCUGUGCCAAACUGCGAUGGUGAUGUAGCUGUUUCUCUAGAUACAAGUGGAUGUUUUGAUGAGAGCGAGCCAGAUGACUCCUUGUUAGAACUGUCAGACAGCGAAGAAGAGAAUUCUCCUUUUGAUUAUGCUGAGGAAGAGAUCCAGAAAAUCUUGGCAGAUGAUUUUGUGGAAUCUGAGCAAGACCCAACUGGAACCAGCGCUCUGAGCCAAAGUGGGAGUGAAGAGAGUAAAAAGGAUGAGGGCAACAGCUCCUCUGAGGCGUCUGUCACCAGUGAAGAUGCAAGUGUAGUCUCAGAGAGCCCAGACGAGGCUCUGUCCAGAGCGAGUUCUUCCAUCUCUUCUGAAGGUUACCCCAGCCUGCUGCUGACUGACAGCACUGAGGAGAACUACCCGCAGGUAGCAUCAUGCACAUUUUUUGACCUUGACAUCCAGGAGCUUCUGGUUCUGAACGCAAUUGAUGCUGACUGUGAGGAUGAGCUGCUGGAGGAGAGCUGUUGGGAGGAAGCUGGAGGAGUAGCAUCAGAAGUGAUCAGAAGCAAAUGCCCAGAGUUUGAUAACACUACUAGUAGCCGUGUUCUUGAGGAAUCCUCAGAGGUGCUGGUGUCUGAAGGCCAGCAGAACUUGGGUGUGGAUUGCCUGGGAAAGACUCACUCUGUAAGCCAUGACGGGUCCAGCUCCUCUGGUGAUCAUGAGGGAAGAUCCAUGCCCUCUUCUGGCCUUGCCUGUGGCCAGCACACAGCUGACAGGAGUUCAUCACCACUGUUUCUGAGGUGUCCCACACCAUCCUCCGGGUCCAGACAACAAGAACUUUGUAGGGAGAGAAGGAGCUGGUUUUCAACAACACUGGGCUCUCAAGAGGAGCAGGGGGAUUCUGCAGAAGCUGAGCAGCCCUCAGGCAGCGUUAAAUUACGUGAUACAGGUGUGGGCCAUACUGGCCAGGAAGUGACAACCAGUGGGAAGAAGCCUGGAAAAGUUAUUCCUGUGCUGCAGGAGGAGGAAAGACCGACUCAGCGGCUUGAGCAACAUUUAUACCCGGAGUGUGCACGUCCGCAUGAAGAAGGCUGUGGCUCCUACAUGGGGUGACCCUCAGGAUGGGGUAAGGCUAUUCUGGCAGGACAAGAUGAGGCCCAGCACACUGGGCAUGUGUUUGAUGUGCUGAAUGUACUUGAUUUUCAGAGGGAAAUAAGUGCCUUCUGCGCU